AUGUCCCAAGUCCGCGCUGCCCACCUUUUGAUCAAGCACACUGGAAGUCGCAAUCCCGUGUCCCGAAGAACUGGCGAACAAGUCGUCCUCUCACCCGAAGAUGCCAUGAAGGAAUUGACCGAGUUUGAAGCCAAGAUCAAGACCGAAGGGAUCGACGAAGCCUUUCCUAAAUACGCUGCCACGAGAUCUGACUGCUCUUCCUUCAAGCAAAAUGGGGAUUUGGGAUUCUUCGAGCGUGGCAUGAUGCAGGCUCCCUUUGAAGAUGCUUCGUUUGCCUUGCAACCAGGUGAAAUGAGUGGGAUUAUCAGUACUGAGAGUGGAUACCAUUUGAUUUACAGAAUUGCUUAG